GCUAGCUGAAUUAGCUAAAUCUCAAAAGAAAAGCAUUUUAGAUUAUGCGUGAAAAGAAAGUCUAGUUGAUGUCACACAGUCUAGUUUACAGUCCUCUUGUAAAUCUUGCUUCUUUGUGUUUGUUUAGAGCUACUGUGAGUUUUUCUUGCCGAACUUUCCUGUACAUAAUAUAAAUAGCCUUCCUUAGCAAAGUGAAUGGCCCGUUAGCCACCACAGGGCUAAACCAGCUAACAGCAGGGACUGAAUCGACGUCAGACUUCGAAGUUUUACAAUGUUUAACGCUACAACAAUAGUCCAUACUGUUGGGUUUGUGAGACUGUGCGUGGAGGACCACGUCGUCCGUGGACAGUUCCUCAAACCUUAUGGGCCAGGUGAGGACCGAGAGACUGGAGCAGAGUGAACCCAGACCUACUGACCAAGGCAGCAGAAAGACAGAAUUUACUGGUUAUAAGACUUAAAUCUUGACCUACUAGAACAUGUGAAGGGUGAAGACAAAAAACCACAGGUGGUGCGAGGAUGAAUGAGAUGAUGAAGGUUGAAACGCAUGAACCUGGAGGGUUCAGGUUGGAGACCCUCCUGCCUGCAGUAUCCAUAUCAGAACUGGAAGAGGAAACACAAGACAGCAAAGAUCUCAUUCAUCAGAUUUUGGUGAUUAAAAAGUUUCCCCAAACCUGGAGCUCCAAUUUGGACAAGCAGAACCCGGAGCGCCCUCUUAUAAAGAAGGAGGAGGAGGAACUGUGGAUAAGUCAGGAGGAAGAGCAGCUUACUGUGAAAACUGAAGAUGAAGAGAAACCUCAGUUGUCAGAGCUUCAUCAGAUUAAAACUGAAGACAAUGGAAAUACAGAGGCUUCAAGCAGCAGCUUAGUUAAACAGAUGGAAACAGAAUUAGAAGAAGAUGAAUGUAAGACUCCAGAACCAAACAGGGGCCCAGAUCCAGCAUGUUUCUCUCAACAAAGUAAGAUUGCUCAGUUUGGAGUCCAAACAGAACACAAACAUUUCAGCUGCAAUAUUUGUGGCAAAAGUUUAAAAAAUUACACGACUUUCAAAAUGCACAUGAUGACUCACACUGGAAUGAGGGAACAUAGCUGUGAUUUUUGUGGUAAAGGAUUUGAAGAAAAGCGUGCUCUUCAGACGCAUAUGAGACUCCACACUGGAGAGAGACCAUUUGCUUGUGAAGACUGUGGUAAAACGUUUUAUGCAAAAGCUAUUCUCAAAAUGCACCAAAGAGUCCAUUCAGGAGAAAAACCUUUUUCUUGCUAUGUCUGUGGUACAAGAUUUAAAACAAAAGGAACUCUAACAAGGCACGUGAGGAUCCACACCACAGAGAAACCAUUUGUAUGCCAUGUUUGUAGUAAAGCAUUUUCCCUACAGCAUCAUCUAAAGAGGCACAUGAGUGUUCACACAGGAGAGAAACAAUUCAUUUGUGGUGUUUGCAGUGAGGGAUUUUCACAACAAACUCAAUUAAAGAGACACAUGCGUGUUCACGCACAAGAGAAGUCAUUUACUUGUAGUGUUUGCAGUAAAAGAUUUUUUAAACAAGAGACUCUGGCGAGACACAUGCGUGUCCACACAGGAGAAGACCCAUUUAUAUGUAAUGUUUGCAAUAAGGGAUUUUCAAAACAAGAGACUCUCAAUGGGCACGUGCUUGUUCACACGGGAGAGAAAAUGUUUAUUUGUAGUGUGUGUGAUAAAGGAUUCACACGACAACAGAGUCUGAAAAACCACAUGGAGGUUCACACCGCACUAUUUAGCUGUGGCGAUUGUAGCAAGCGUUUUGUGAAGGAAACACAGUUAAUGCGGCAUGUCAAACUCCACAAGAUGGAGAGGCCGUUUAGUUGUGAAGUCUGUAGGAUCAGAUUUAAUAAAAGGCUCCAUCUUGAAAAUCACAUGAGAGUCCAUUCGGGAGAGAAGCCUUUUGUUUGUAGUGUUUGCAGUAAAGCGUUUUCACGACAAGGAAAUUUGACGAGACACAUGGCCGUUCAUGAAGGCUGCAAGUCUUGAUAUUGUCAGUUGGUUUCUAAAACCUUUUUUCAAUUAUUAGAAUUUUGUUUGUGAUUUUCUGUGGAGCUGGAUUAGCUUUUUAUUCUGAAUACAGAAUGAACACCAGAAUAGCAGUG